UUAACUCAUAAAGUUAUAACAAUAUUUUAAUAAUAAUUGAUGAUAAAUUAAUGUUGAAUGUUGAUGUUAUUAUUUUAAUUAUACUUUUAAACUUUUUCGUUGUUACGAUACCACGCCAUUUCGGAGUGUUGUUGAGUUUCAGCUUAAGAAUAUUUUUUCCAACAACUAUAUGAACGAUGAAAAAUAUCGUGCAAUCAUAUUUCUUCAAAGGCACAAAGUGUUCGACUGUAGUUUAGCCAAUUCAUCGCGGUUGCUGUAGUGUAGGGGUUUACCAGUCCGAGUCCGGCUUUUGUUCGGUGUUGUUCGUCAUUUAUAUACUAUAGCGUAGGCCGAUAAAACGCUUUUUCACAUAAUAUAUGUUUAUAUUGUUAACCGUUUCACUACCGUAACAUUUUACAUUACUACUUAAUUUUCAUCGGACCAUAGGACACAAUAUCGUUACAGCUGACUUUUAUACUUUCGCACGCUCGAAUUGGCCAAAUCAUACAUUUCCUUUGUACGUUGUCUUCCUGCGCGAAUUGUUUCGUAACGAUACCGCGAUGGCUGAUGUAGAACGAAAACUUAAAUCCACUGUCACAGAUCUAUCUGGUAAGAGUUGGGCUGAACUCUGUGACAGUUCUCAAUCAUCACAGUCGCAGACAGACAUUGAUUCGCCACUAAAACUCGUCGACGAUCCGAGCACUAAGAAUGGUGAUGAAGAAGACGAUCUAUACGACAUGGUUUUCCAGCCAGUCAAAAAAGAGUUUGUCAAAACCUCGACACAGGACGACCUCAGUUUGACUUCCUUCAUGAACAAUGUACACAUGGUAACACCAGUCAAACAGGAAUAUGAUGAAAAGACACCUACAUUUGAUGAAGACACCAUUUGUAGUCCAUUUGUUAAGGAAGAGUCAAAUAAAACACCAGAUAAUAAUUCUAAAGAAGUGGUUUGUAAGGAAGAAAACCUUAAGAAUGAUUUACAGCAUGCCAAAAGAAGAUUGACUUCCGAGUCUGAGUCUGUGGUUACUGAUUCUGUAUCACCUGAGCGAGUCAACAAAGUUAACAAAAAAUCCACAGAGCAUAAAAACAUACAUGAUUCUGUAACAAGUCCCAAAGUACAAUUGGGACGUGAAACAGACCCAUUAAUUUUAGCAAGAAGACAAAAACAAAUAGAUUUUGGUAAAAAUACUAUUGGAUACGUCAAAUAUUUAGAACAAGUUCCUAAACAUGAACGUACAAAGAGGCAUCCUAAAACCCCUCCAAAAAAUUUAAAAUAUACUAGACGAGCUUGGGAUGGAUUAAUUAAAAACUGGAGAGUUAAGUUACAUUUAUGGGAUCCUGAUAGAAGACGUGGUGGUGAUGAUGAUGAUGAUGCUCUGACUACGGGUUCAAGUUCAAAUUUGUGCUCACUAGGAUCAAUGACUAGUUUAGACUCAAGUUCUCAAGCCUCAGAUUCAAGGCCAUCAACACCACCACCAAAAGUGUCUGAAGAUUCUUCAAAACAAAAACGAGAAAACCAUGAAGAUGGUCUUAAUCAAAAUCAAAUGAAAUUUAAGAAAUCUAAAACUGAUAAUAAUUAGGUAUCUAUGUAUGUAUACAUUUUACUCCCAUAACAUUUAUUGACCAUUCAUUAAAAUAUUUUUGAAGUCUUGAGGUUAUAUAUUAUGUAUAUUAUAUUUAGUUAUAAAAUGUUUAUUUCUCUAUAACUCAAAAAGAAUUUUAUUUAUUUUUCUAUGCAGUAAAAACUAAAUAUGUUAAAUGUUAAAAUUAAUGGAUACCAAUUUUUACUUUAUUUUUAUAACUAUAUUUGAUUAAAAAUAUUAGUAACUUAAUUUGGAUAUAUGUAUGACUAUCUAGAUAUGUAUAUAUAAUCUUUAUUUUUUAUUUUUGUAAUAAUAUUCAUAUUGAGUCAGUUUUACAAUAUUAUAAACUAUGUGUUCAUUUUCAUUGAUUAGAACCUUGUUCGAACAAUUAAAAGCUUUCAUAAUUAUGUAUUGUACCAAUUUAUAAUUAUUUUAAAUUUAUUAUGUCUAUUUAUUACUUUUAUUUUAUUACUAUGAAAUGUAUUAAGAAUUAAAUUUUGAGUAUAUUUGUAUUACAUCCUAUUUUGUAUAUUUGAUACUUUAAUAGGUGUCUAUGUAAUGAAUAGUACACAAUAAUAUUUUAAUUAUCUAACUAUUAUUCAUUUAAUAUUUUGUAUAUAUAGAGGAAAUUGUUAAAUACGCACAUAAUCUUAAGUCUUAGUUGCAUUUCUUUGUAUCAUGUACAAUUUUUCAGUGCAUUUGAUCACAUUAUUACGCUAGUCCUUUUAUGUCACACAUCAUAUUAAUGAAAUUCUACCAUUGGUAUAUUAAAUAUAUUCAAUUUUAUUUAGUAGA